CCGGAAGUCUAUACUAUAUUACCAAAGACAACACAUUUCGUGUAUUUGUGUUGAAACAUCUUUUAUUUUGGCUACAAACGUUUUUGAUUUCACUUUAUUGACCUGGGGUGAAACGUAAAAAAGAAUGACAACUGCUGCCCGGCCAACAUUUGAACCGGCUCGAGGUGGCCGUGGGAAAGGAGACAAUGACCUCAGUUCUUUGUCCAAGCAAUACUCCAGCCGAGAUCUACCUUCCCAUAACAAGUUAAAAUACAGACAAGAUGGUCAAGGAUCUAUCGAGGAACUGAGAAACCGUGACUUCCGUAAAGACUUGGAAGACCGUGAACGGGCAGCCAGGGAGAAAAAAGACAGAGGCAGAGGUAUCGGAUGUUCUUUCAUUUUAACGUUUUUUUUUUUCUUUCCCCCAUUUUUUAUUCAUCAGGAUGAAGAAUCUGACAGUGAAGAUGAUGAUGACACAAUGGAAUUGAUGGAAGAACUCAAGAAAAUUAAGAAAGAAAGAUUAGCAGAAGCUGCCAAACUGGAAGCUGAAAGGAAAGUAGAAGAAGAAAGAAUUCGUAAAGAAAAUAUUUUGAAAGGCAAUCCAUUACUGAACCAAGAAAAAAUAGAUUUCAAAGUGAAAAGACGGUGGGAUGAUGAUGUGGUGUUCAAAAACUGUGCCAAAGGAGGGGACGACAGGAAAGGUCGAGGUUUCAUUAACGAUACACUUCGCUCAGAGUUUCACAAAAAAUUCAUGGAAAAAUAUGUGAAAUAAGGAGACGGAACUUUCAAAAUGAUAAUUAUAAAAACAGGACAGAUGUCAAAAGUUAGAAAUAAGAGUCAGUGGGGAGAUUUUUAUCAUUGUUAUAUCAUGCUUAUGUCAUCAUUCAUAACUUCCCUUUUUUUUUUCCUUUUUUUUUUUUCCACUGUUGGGAUUUUAACACUAUAGAGAAGCUGUCAGUCUAUGGAAUAUUAUCAUAUUCCUCUUAGUCCCUUGUUGGUGUCAUAUCUGGAAUUUAAAAAAAAAUAAAUAAAUAAAUAAUUCAUGGAGGUUCAUGCAGAAUGGUGAGAAUCCAAAUAGUAAUGUUUCUUUUCAAUCUUAAUAAGUUCUGGCAGGUUUCACCUGGAUAUCUGGUCGCUGUUGUUUUCCA